GUGUGUGUGUGGGAGAGGGAGGCUGUGGGCGGUGAGAUGUUUGUCAGCUGACCUGGCUGUACCUCUCACAGAAGUCACAACACCGUGUCGGUUCUCCUUGACAGCUACAUGUAGCAGCGUCUCCACCGAGGCUCUGGCGUGGUACUGCGGCGGGUUAUGUUUCCCUGAGACGGGGGUGGGGAGGCGGAGGUCCGUGCAUCACACUGCUCCACCAUGGCGGCCGAAAUCCAGCCUCGUCCGCAGGCUAGGAAGCCGUGCCUGCUGAGUAAAAUCGAGGCUUUCCAGGAGGUUGUGACCGCGGCGGCGAUCAUCCCUAAAGAAGACGGGGUGAUCAGCGUAUCCGAGGACCGAACAAUCCGAGUUUGGCUGAAGAGGGACAGCGGUCAGUACUGGCCAAGUGUUUACCACGCCAUGCCCUCCUCAUGUUCCUGUAUGUCCUUUAACCCAGAAACCAGGAGGCUGUCUGUAGGUAUGGAUACAGGAAGUAUCUGUGAGUUUAUUCUGUCAGAGGACUACAACAAAAUGACCCCGGCGCUCACAUAUCAGGCCCAUCAGGGCCGAGUGGCGGUGGUGCUCUUUGUGUUGGAGAUGGAGUGGCUGCUGAGCACGGGCCAGGACAGAAACUUCACCUGGCACUGCUCGGAGAGCGGCCAGCAGCUGGGGACGUACCGCACCGCGGCCUGGGUCUCAGGACUGCAGUAUCCUUCAACACCUCCUGUUAUCGUCAUCUGCAGGUCACCUUGCCAUGCAGAGGCGAACAUUCACACAAAGUGCUUCGAAUUUGGUAAAAAAAAAAAAAGUAACGUGACGGCGCUGUGUUGGGACCCGGCUCAGCGGGUGCUGUUUUCCGGCAGCUCUGACCACUCCAUCAUCAUGUGGGACAUCGGGGGGAGGAAAGGCACCGCCAUCGAACUGCAGGGGCACAAUGACAAAGUCCAGGGCCUGUGCUAUGCCUCACACACCCGCCAGCUCAUCUCCUGCAGCUCAGAUGGCAGCAUUGUCAUAUGGAACAUGGACGUGACUCGGCAAGAGACUCCGGAGUGGCUGGACAGCGACUCCUGUCAGAAGUGUGAGCAGCCUUUCUUCUGGAACUUCAAACAGAUGUGGGACAGUAAGAAGAUCGGCCUGCGACAGCACCACUGCCGGAAGUGCGGCCAGGCCGUGUGCGGCAAAUGUUCGUCCAAGCGCUCCACCAUCCCCCUCAUGGGCUUCGAGUUUGAGGUGCGGGUGUGUGACAGCUGCCACGAGUCCAUCACCGACGAAGACCGAGCUCCCACCGCCACCUUCCACGACAGCAAGCACAACAUUGUUUACAUGCACUACGAGCCCACCACGGGAAACCUGCUCACCUCCGGCACCGACAAGGUCGUCAAGAUAUGGGACAUGUCUCCUGUGGUGUCGUGAGUUUCCGUGGACACGGGGCAGCAUUUCGGCCAACUGUGACCAGUCGCACUUCGAUGAGAGCGAGGGAGCGGCGUCCGUGUCACCUGGAUAAUAUUUAACCGCCAUUUAGCAACAAAGCCUGGGUUGCUGCGUUUUCUCACAGCRGCGACACGGCAGGCCUGAGAGCAGCCUUAGAACGGUGCAACGUCUCRCUCAACACGAGGUCACAGACUGGUUGGUCUUUGCUUGAUAUCUGGAGUGAUCGCACUUGCACUCUGGGAUUCGUUCUGGCAUUCGACCUUGUAAGAAAUUUAAUAUCUUAUGUACUUUUCAUAAAUUUCCUUCCCACUGAAKAUUGGAGGAGCGAAAAGUCAUCAGACUCGGUUCUUGGAUGCUAAGUCAUCGACGUAAUCGCAUUUUUCACAUCAAUACAAUUUUUUUAAUUGUUAUUAUAUAAACAAAAAUACCAUCAGGAGRAAUUCAGGCCUGGAUUAUUAUGACGCCCUCUAGAGGCUAAAUUUGUUUUGUUCCUGUUACAUCAUUUUUUAUGAUUUUUUUUGACUAGUAAAAGUACAUAUUUUAUUCACGAAGGUCAUAAACAGCUACCUGGAAAUUCAUAAUUAUAGUCUGCUCUAAAAGAKUUUUCAACCUGCUUUUUUAUUUAAUUAUUUUUACCCUCUAAAGGUAAUUGAUCAACAUUUCCUGUAACAUUUUGAAUGUUAUAUUUCAGACAGUUGAGCCCCAACAACAUGUCUGAAACAUUAACCAAAGCAUAACUCAAAGUGGCUGUGAUAAACUACAGCAGCAUGUUCUUUUUUAACCCUACCAAAUUCUGAGGAUGACGAAUGCUUUGGUUUCUUCUGAACAGUAAGUGACUUUGAGUCCAUAAAUAUCAGCUGAUGCAGGUUUGGAAGUGAUAAAGGAAGUAGCUUUAGGCCAACUGGCCCCUUUAAUCCAGCCUCUUUGAGUUAAUUUUGUGAAAUAAUCUGGUGAAAAUGGUUGUUGCAUGAACAGUUUCUUCCAGYUAUCCUAGUUUCAGUGACUCUUAACUACUGAACAGUUAAUUCAGUCGGGUCAUAGUCUACACACAGUGCUAAAUAUGUUUACUUUAAUUGGUGGCGGUUCUUUUGAAUCCUGUGCGCUCUUUAAAUCAUCUCUGUUUGGUGUUGAGUAUUUCAAUUCAAGUUGAAUUAUUUUAGAGGUAGUGAAGAUUAAAUGCAGUCCAGAUUCCUUGAAAGAAAAGCCCUUUAAUUUUGGAAUAAUUCGUUGGAAUUAUUUUCUUGCACGUUUCAUAACACAAGGGGGCGCCCAUUGACAGGACGCAUCCUUUUCUUUUUCUUAUUUUUGAACGUUUGCACCGUCCCCCCCGUCAUGCCGCCCUGCGGAGAGAGCCAUCAUGAAAUCUCAGUUAACGUAGCGAUAGAUCUUCACUCCCUACAAAAUAAAUUGAAUUGCCUCAUCGUUCCUCACGCAGGCUUUUUUUAUUUAAUGGAAGUAAAAUUAUGCUUUGUAUCACAAGCCAGAUGACAUCACUGCCAGAUGGCCUGAUGCAUUGUGGGAACCUUUAUUUACUUUCUCACAAGGCGCUUAGUCAUAGUUUAGCUCUGCUUGAGUAAUUCUGUAAAAAAAAAAAAAAAAAAAAGGAAUAACUCCAGCCCAAGUUCUUAAACAAAUGCAACAAAUUUGAUCAACUUUCCUCUGAUGUUAAAAUUUGAUGUUAAAGUGCAGCUGCCAGAAUGAUGGUUUGUUUGUGUUGCAUGAGUGCAGCAUCGCCCAUUUCAGGAACACACAGGAAGCUCCACGGAACCUGUUUGGUUGUGGAUUUGAAACCAGUUUAAGCUCCAGUCGUUAUGGCGAUGACGGCGGACACCGAUGAGCCUYCUAAUGAGCGAUCGGUGACUCGGACCRUGCUGYGCAGGAACAUCGUCUGUGUCCUGUUAUCGAGGUUAUUUAUUCCAAAUGUUUGUUUCAUGUAUGAAACAUGUACAGAAGCACAUAUCAGCACAGCUAGACGCUGUGGCAUUUCAGAGAUGCACCAGAGCGUAAAAACAUUGCUACAAAACAGUUUAAAUUGUUGUUUCUUUUUCAGCUUUUUAUGUUGGCUUUACUGUUGAUGCACUGGAAUCRCGAGGAAGAAAAAUCAUCGAUUUCUCCUAAAUGUUUUGUGUGYUUUUGUGACGACCGCUCGACGCUCAGCUCAAAUCCCUCUGAGCUUCUUCCAAAGAUUAUCGAUUAUGGAUCUGAAAACAAGGUUGUACAAUCUGUUAACAUUUCUCGCGUUUUUAGUUCAUUUCCUUGACCACUUCCUGUGAACUAAUGCACACCUGCAAGCUAAAUUAAACAAAGUGUGAUGAUUAAUGAUGCAAACUGGUGUAAAAUAUACAGAGUUAACAGAAUGGAUYCUCUAUUUCGCAAACUUAACCACWCAGAAGAAACUGGGCUAGAUGAAAACUUCUUCUUGGUUUUUGUUGCUUUUAAAGACCAGAGCUUAUAAAGUUUAUUUAAGGCCAGUUUUGACUUUUUGUUGCAGGAAAGAGGGAGAAAGAAAAUGGUUGAAUUUCAGCGUUUUYGUGAAUGUAACACUGUGUAUAGACGAUCGAUUAAAACAAAAAGUAUUUACCCUUA